UAAUAUUGAUUGUCAUUGUUUGCGAAACUUAGUUAUUGAUUUUGUCUCCCUCUUUUAAGGAAAUAAAUAAUUCCUUCUUUGUGUAAUAACACUAAAGGCUUUUUGUCUUCUUUAGUUAUUAAAUGGUAAAUUAUAUGUGAUUUACGUGAAGUAAAGAAACAUAAACAAGCAUGGGUGCUGUUUUAGGGCUUUGUUCAGCUGCACAGCUAGCAUGCUGUUGUGGCAGUGCAGCAUGCUCCUUAUGCUGUUCGGCAUGUCCAUCAUGUGCCAACUCAACUUCGACCCGACUCAUGUAUGCUGUCAUGCUACUACUGGUUAUGAUAGCUGCCUGCAUCACGUUAGCACCUGGCUUGCAAAAUGAAUUGAAAAAAGUACCAUUUUGUGAAAAUUCAACAAGUGUACCAAUACCAGGAGAUCUAAAAGUGGACUGUAAUAAUGCUGUUGGUUAUCUUGCUGUGUACAGAAUAUGUUUUGCUGCCUGUCUGUUCUUCGUUCUCAUGGCCUUAAUUACAAUUGGCGUAAAAUCUUCCAAAGAUCCACGAGCUGGGAUACAAAAUGGAUUUUGGGGUAUUAAGUACCUAUUGGUGAUCGGUGGCAUAAUCGGUGCUUUUUUUAUCCCUGAGGGACAAUUUGCUUCAACUUGGAUGGUAUUCGGAAUGAUCGGAGGCUUCUGUUUUAUUGUCAUUCAGCUCAUUUUAAUUAUAGACUUUGCACAUACUUGGGCAGAGACUUGGGUCUCGAACUAUGAGGAGAGCCAAUCCCGUGGAUGGUACGCGGCUUUACUCUGCGCCAUGCUCACAUGCUUCGCCCUCGCCCUCACCGGUGUUGUGCUGCUAUAUGUAUUUUAUACUAAAUCAAGUGGCUGCGAUUUAUCGAAGUUCUUCAUCUCGUUUAACCUGAUCCUAGUGCUGAUAGCCAGCGGGAUCUCUAUCCUGCCCUCAGUGCAGGAACGCCAGCCGCGCUCCGGUCUGCUACAGUCUUCCGUUGUGUCCCUCUACGUCAUAUAUCUAACUUGGUCAGCACUGACCAACGCGUCGGCAGCCUGCAACGGUAUCACUGGUGGACAGGAGAAAGAACCAACAUAUUGGUCAUCGUUCGACAAGCAAUCGAUCAUCGGACUGGUCAUCUGGGCGUGCAGUGUGCUCUACUCCAGCAUCCGUACCGCAUCUUCCUCUUCUAAAAUCACCAUGUCUGAACAUAUUCUCGCCAAGGAAGGCAGCGGAGGGCAAGGAGGGCUCAUUGCUAACGAAGAAGGCGGCGACGGUGGUGAAGCAGGGCGCAGUGGUGACGAACCAAAAGUAUUCGACAACGAGGGCGAAGGCGUCGCUUACUCCUGGACUUUCUUCCACGUGGUGUUCGCGCUGGCUACGCUUUACAUUAUGAUGACGCUCACCAAUUGGUACAACCCACGCUCGGAACUAUCGAAGGAGAACAUGGCAUCGAUGUGGAUAAAGAUUACCUCGUCGUGGCUUUGUGUGGGUCUUUAUAUCUGGACCUUGGUAGCGCCUGCACUCUUCCCCAACCGUGAAUUUAAUUAGUUUUUAUUUUUUUAACAAAUUUAACCCUUUCAUAAUUAUGUCAGGUCUUGUAGUGCGACAUUGAUUUAAAUAGAUCUCAUGAAAUAAAUCUAUACAACAAUAAAUUAUAACGUAUUUUCCCCAUGAUCAAAUAAAUAGUUAAACAUCUGUCACACAAUCCACUGUUUCGUAAGUAGUAAUGUAACACCUUAUAUUUUAAUGUAAUAACUACCGAUUUAACUUACAUGUAAUUUGGUCGAAAGACUUGACUAGUCUCGGGACCAUUCGAGACCCUUUAUCUUGAGCGGCGAGACUACGGAGCCCAACUGUUCAUACCCGAAGAUGUUACGAUGCCGAAAAUGCCUACAGCUCGCGCUCAACGGGCCGAUGUGCGCAGUCAGGCUCACGCUCGUGUCACAGCCGAUUAAGAUUAAGGGUAAUGAAUGGUCCUGAAACUAGUUGAACUUUCUUAACCAAAUUGCACGUAAGUUAAAACGGUAGUUAUUGUAUUAAAAUGUAAUUUAUGUGUUUGUAUUUACGAAGAAUUUUAGAAAGUACAUUUUAUAUUACUAAAAUUAUAAAUGUAAGUGAAUUAUUUCUUUUGUAUUAGAUAUAUGUGUAGAUAAAUACUGGGUAGAACAGAACAACAUACCUAUAAAUUUAGACGUCUAGUAUGUAGAAGCGUCUUUUUUUAAUUGUACAAAAGUCGAUUGCUUGGAUACCUCUGUCCCAUUCGUGUUUCAACCGUGAAGCAAUUGUGUUUGCAUAGCUGUUUCGGUUUGAAGGGUGGGAUAUGGGGUGAAUUUACUGGGUACAGAGGAAUAACACCCGAGUCCUCAGGAAUAGCAACGCAUGGGGGGGGGGUAUCAUGGGCGAAACAGUAUAGUCUGUUAUGUCCAUGGUACUGCUCAUGUCUGUAGGUGACGGUUACCACUUUCCAUCAGGUGUGCCGUCAGCUUGUUUGCCAUUCUAAGUUGUAUUAAAAAAAAAACUGGUAAAUUUUUGAUGUCUAAAAAAUUAGCUGAGCUAAUAUCACACAGAAACUAGAUAUUUUCUGAAGUAAUGCAAUACUCAAAAUUAAUUUAAUUUCGGUAAAUUCGUGUUCUUUUCUAUGCAGUAUAAUAUAGUAGAUCAUUAUGUGAUAAUGUAUAUACAAAUUUUAAUCCUACAUAUUAACAUGUUCCCUGUCAAUUUGCCGUUGUACUAAUAAUACGCAAAAUCCAAUAAUAAAUUUGUUACCGUAAUCACAUAAUAUUUACUUUUUUUUUUUUUCAAAAUUACUAGUCUCAUUUGGAUAAUAUUAUGUCCAUAAAUAAAGACUAGUACCUGACAUUCUUUUUCUACAGUUAUAUCGAAUGUGUGAACGUAAGUCAAUUAUAUAUUCAAUAUAUUUUUAUAAAAAAAAAAAAAACACUUCAUGUGUUUUAACUCAAAACUAAAGCCGAAAUCCUAAAAAUUCGAUGUACUUGUUAGUUUAUAACCUUGCAUUGUGGACAGAGAACAUGUUAUUAUUUACUAUCGUCUUAAGCUGUAUGUUGUUAAUUUGCAAAAUUGUUUCAUCUGUAAUUUUAAACUGUGUAUAAGUAAUCAAUAAAUACAUACAAAGCCA